AUGACAAAACGAACUGCAGACAUUGCAAAGUUGGAUGACUUGGGUGGAUCCAUUCACGGCAUGCAUCCGCGAAAUCAGUAUAAGAACAACCCACCCAAUUUCAAACAACUUGCAAAAGAAUGUCCUGAACUGCAGCCAUUUGUUUGUGGAUUAGAAUCAAAUCCAUACAUUGACUUCAAAAAUCCAGAAGCAAGUCGAGCUUUGACAAUUGCCUUGCUUGAACGUGAUUUUGGUCUUCAAGUUGAUUUUCCCUUGGAUAGGCUCUGUCCCACUGUUCCCAACAGACUCAAUUACAUCCUUUGGUUACAAGAUUUACUCAAAGAAACCAUGCAAGAUAAACCAGAUCACAUUCUGGGCAUGGAUAUUGGCGUUGGUGCUUCUUGUAUUUAUCCACUUUUAGGUUGCGUCAGUGAUCCUACAUGGUCCUUUAUUGGAACGGAUAUCGACCAAGUAUCAAUAGAAUAUGCGCAAAAGAACGUAGAAAGAAAUCAAUUACAGGAUCGUAUCACCUUGAUACACAACACGGAUCCUAACCUCAUAUUCUUGUGGGACAAGAUACCUUUAAAUUCAAGAUUUGCAUUUAGUAUGUGCAAUCCUCCAUUCUAUGAAUCAGAAGAUGAGAUUAAAGAUAAUUCUCAAGCAAAGUUAUUAGAACCAUCUGCAAUAUGCACAGGUACAAAAGGAGAGAUGAUUACAAAAGGUGGUGAAUACGGAUUUAUUGAGCGUAUGAUUAAAGAAAGUAUCUUGCACAAAGGCCGAAUCAAGUGGUACACCAGCAUGAUUGGACAAAAGAAAACCAUCAAACCAAUUGUAAACACUCUAAAGGAUCUAAAUAUUAACAAUUAUGUGGUGACUGAAUUCAAUCAGGGAAAGACGAAGAGAUGGGCUAUUGGGUGGUCAUUUGACACACAACGAGCGGUGGAUGCAAGAAGUCUUGAUUUCUACCGACCAAAGUCUCAAUUCACUAUUCAGCUACCGAAGGAUAUUUCGCAUGUUCAUUCAAAGACAAUUGAUAUAUUGCAAGAUCUUGCCAUCAAAUUCAAUCAAGAGGAUGGCCAUCAUAUUAUUUUGGAAGGUUCUCCGAAAGCCAACACAUGGUCAAGAGCUGCCAGACGCAAGAAGAAUUGUGUCACACCUCGAGACUGCGAUGGCCUAUUUGGUUUUCGGUUGAUGCUAGCAGAACAGAAUUAG